CUAAUGUCCACCCCAAGGGCUCUCUCUCCACUCGCAUCGAGUCUCAUAUUCCGGGUACUCAAGCUCAUCGUGAACGAGAGUACCUUGAACAUGAGGAUCGUACCACCUUUGGACGCAAUCACCCUGUUCCUCCCAUGAACGCUCCUCCUGUAGGGACCAAUACUGCUGCAGCUAACCCAAUGAUGAACACGACUGUACCAAACACUGGUGGAUACGGAACUGGAACCGGUGGAUACACAGGUACGACCGGUCCUACUGUUGGUGGCCACGGUGGUCAUGGAGCCACCAUGCGUGAGAGGGCAGCCGAACUUCAAGGACGUGGACAUGGUGGUAUAGGAACAACCGCUGCAGCAACCGGAACACAUACCGGAGCACCCAAGGCGCAUAUGGGCGAUCGCAUAAUGGGUGGUAUUGAAGCUGCAAUUGGACGCGCGACCAACAAUCCAGUUACAGAGCAGAAAGGAUGGGAGCGCAAGACCUUUGGCGAUCCUAAGCACCGUCAGGCGAAUGCUAAUCUAGCUGCUCAACAAGCGUAUGGUCCUACUGGUCAACCCGCUCAACAAGCUUUCACAAAUCCGCAACCUGGAUACACCGCUCCCACUCAACCACCACGCCCGUACUAA